AAACAUUUCGUCGCUCUUCUUUCUCACUAUCAACCUCACAAAAUAUGACCAUCUCAACUACCACAUCCAACUUGUUCCAACCUAUCAAGCUUGGAAACAUCGUCUUGAAGCACCGUGUCGCCAUGGCUCCACUCACCCGCUUCCGUGCUGAUGAUGCCCAUGUCCCUACCGAUUUGGCCAAGACAUACUAUGAACAAAGAGCAAGCGAUGGAGGUCUCAUUAUUACAGAAGCCACUUUUAUCUCUGAGCUUGCAGGACACUAUCCCAACGUUCCAGGUAUUUACACCGCCGAUCAGAUCGAGGGAUGGAAGAAGAUCACCAAGGCUGUUCACGAUAAGGGAGGUCAUAUCUUUAUGCAGCUUUGGUUCUUGGGCCGUGCUGAUGCCAUCCCCAGUGUCUCUGCUUCCGCCAUUCCUAUCCCAGCUGAGGAAGGAAAAGAACCCAAGGUGCCACGUGCUCUUGAAACCUCUGAAUUGCCUGGAAUCGUAGAUAUGUACAGACAGGCUGCCGUCAAUGCUGUUGAGGCCGGAUUUGAUGGUGUUGAAAUUCACGGUGCAAACGGAUAUCUUUUGGAUCAAUUCUUGCAGAGCAACACCAACCACAGAACUGAUGAGUAUGGUGGUAGCGCCGAAAACCGAUCUCGUCUUGUUCUUGAAGUCAUUGAUGCUGUUAGCAGCGCCAUCGGACAAGAGCGAACUUCCAUCCGAUUCUCGCCUUAUUCCCACUUCCAAGAUAUGCAUGACGCCAAUCCUCACGAAACUUGGUCCACCGUCACUCAAGCGAUCCAAGACCGAUUCCCCAAGCUUGCCUAUCUUCACUUUGUUGAGGCUCGUGUCAACGGCAAUGUUGACAGAAACGAUGUAGCUAACAGUGAGACUUUGGAACCUUUCCACAACAUUUGGAAGGGAGUCUUCCUUCGCGCUGGUGGAUUUACAUUGGAGUCUGCCGUUACCGCUGCUAACCAGCACGAGAACGAUGUCCUUGUAUUUGGUCGCAUGUUUAUUUCCAACCCUGAUCUUCCUCUUCGCUUGAAGAACGGUUGGGAAUUGACGAACUACAACAGAAACACCUUCUACAACAACAAGUCAGCAGAUGGCUAUAUUGAUUAUCCUUUCUAUGAAACCGCAAAGAUGUAAAUCUGAAGUUUUCUUAGAUGCUUAGAUACUAGAAUCAAUUAUUUGUAUAUUAAAAUUAGAAGCCAUUAGCUGCUCUUGACCUGCUACAUUAAAUGGAAUUUUUCACCAUUACCUCCUGUCUAGUCCUAGGC